AUGGCAGAUGCACAUUAUGGUAAUAUAGACAUUGGAGCUACGUAUAAGAUUUCAAGUGGGGUUGUGAAAACUGCUAAUAAAAUUUAUAACAAACUUAAUAGUGGGAUAGAAAUAACUCUUGUGCCUGAAUCAAUAGUAACCCCCUGUGAAGAUGACCCUUCCAUUCCAAAAAACCAUUUCUCAUUAAUGCCUAUUAAUGAAAUACUUAAGCAAAGUAAUAAUUCAGUCAUCGAUGAUAUUAGUGUUGUUAUCUGUGUAGAACCAAGCUCAACAAUCAGAAGAAGAGAUGGAACAGAGGUCAUAAGGCAUACCAUAAAGCUACUGAAUUUGUCUCGAACUACAAUAGAAGUUAUGAUAUGGGGAGCACCAUCUAAGAAAGAAGGUGUCCAACUACAGCAAAAAUAUUACCUUCAAGAAACAACAAUCCUAGCAAUCAAGAAUGGACGUGUUUGUGAAUAUAAUGGAAAGGUAUUGAGUACAUUAAGCAAUACACACCUAAUUCUAAACCCAACGAUAUUAGAAGCUGAUAAAUUGAGAACCUGGUUUGACCAAAAUGUAAGUGACACACAUGAACCUUCAGUCAAGUAUGCUAGCUUACCCCCGCCAACUACUAGAAUGACAAUCAGCGACAUCCGACGACAAGAAGAGGACAUGGGACAACAUCAUCAUUGCAUACUGAAGGAAACAACUGUACGCAUUAAAAUAGAAUCAUUCUGCUAUCGAGCAUGCUCCAAUCAGAUAAAUGGAAAUGAGUGCAAGAAACGAUUAAUUCAAAAUGAAGAGUUAAAUUGGUAUUGUUCUAAAUGUGAGACGACACUCAUAGAAUGUGCUUAUAGAUAUAUAGUUCAAAUACAAUUAGAAGACCAUACAGAUACAUUAUGGGCUAUAGCAUUUGAUGAAGGAGCGACACAACUACUAAGUAUGCCUGCUGAAAUGUUGUAUAAGCUACAGUUCGACCCGGAUGUAGAAAGUGAUACUGAGGAAGUAAUAAAGUUUGUACUAAAUAAACAAUACAUCUUCAAAUUGACGUACAAGAAGGAAAAAUAUAAUGAAGAGGAACGACUGAAAGUAACAAUUACUAGGGUAGAACAAGUAGAUUUUGUUGCAGAAAGUAAUAUCUUACUUGAACAGAUCAAAGAAAUGCAUGAUGAAAUGGGAGCGGAGGAAUAG